AUGACAAAAGAUCAAAUUCCCACCACAACGGCACCUUCGCUGCCACACGACCCUUCGCAUGAAGAGCACCAAUAUCUUAACCUCAUCCGUACAAUCCUCUCAGAAGGCGAACACCGCCCCGACCGCACAGGAACUGGAACCAGAUCAAUCUUUGCUCCACCACAACUUCGAUUCUCCCUGUCAAAGCCUAACCCAGAAGGCGGCGACCGGAUCCCCAUCCUACCCCUCCUCACCACCAAGCGAGUCUUCCUCCGCGCAGUGCUUGCCGAGCUUCUGUGGUUCAUCUCUGGCUGUACAUCAUCGCUGCCCCUCUCCGAGGCCGGUAUCAAGAUUUGGGACGGCAAUGGCAGCCGUGAGUUCCUGGACAAGUCUGGUCUCGGCCACCGCGAAGAGGGUGACCUGGGCCCCGUGUAUGGCUUCCAAUGGCGCCAUUUCGGAGCCGAGUAUGUCGAUGCCAAAACAGACUAUACCGGCCAGGGCGUCGAUCAGCUGAAGGAGGUUGUCAAUAAGCUCAUUAACAACCCUUUCGACCGCCGUAUCAUCAUGAGCGCGUGGAACCCGGCUGAUUUGACUAAGAUGGCUCUUCCCCCUUGCCAUAUGUUCGCUCAAUUCUACGUUUCCUUCCCUCCCACUAUGAAGCUUGAUGAGAAGACCGGCCGUCCAACGGAGAAGGGUACCUUGUCUUGUGUGCUCUACCAGCGCUCCUGUGACAUGGGUCUUGGUGUUCCCUUCAACAUCGCUUCCUAUGCUCUUCUCACCCACAUUCUGGCCCACGCUGCUGAUCUGCACCCUGGCACUCUCAUUCACACUAUGGGUGAUGCUCACGUGUAUCUUGACCAUGUUGACGCACUUCACGAGCAGCUCACUCGGGAACCAACUGAGUUCCCUGAGCUGCGCAUCAAGCGUGAGGACCCGGGCAGUGCGGAGGUAGACGGCUGGAAGGAGGAAGAGUUUGAGGUCAUUGGCUAUAAGCCUCACAAGAUUAUCAAGAUGAAGAUGAGCGUCUAA